UUUCCUUUCAUCUCUCAUCUCUAGCCUCCCUCUCUCUCUUCCUCCUCCUCCUCCUCUCUUCUCCAGCAGUGGAGGAUCAGUGAACAGCAGCGGCGGCAGCAGCAGUGUCACUCAGCACGGCAACGACACGCAUGAAAGUGAGGACGUCUUGUUUUUUUUGGUUUUCUGUUCUGUUCUCCUCUUCGUCCUCCUCUUCUUCCCAUUCAGUCUUUUUCUUUUCGGCUGUUUCUUCGCUACUUUUCAAUCCCUUCUUUCUGCCACAUUGAUCUCUUUCGGAGUGCAGCAGUAUGAGGCUACCAUGCAUUCCAAAUAGGGUUUCUGUUCUUGCUCCAACUUGCGCAUGCACAUGCUUUUCUAUUUUUUUUGUCUCGCUUUAUUUCCUUGCAUCUCAUUGGGAAUAAGUAGGCGAGUCUUGUAGCUUUAGUGUGUCAACCUCUGGGCUCAGAUGGGCUUUUAAAUGGACAUUUUAAAAGAUAAUCUGUCCGCAGUGAACGCACUGGAGUCCAAACAGAAAAUGGGGAUAUCAUAACGCCAGACAUUUAACCAGGAUGGACCUAUCGGAUGUAUUCACUGCCACAACGCCGGCCACUUCAUCACCAAACUCUUCUUUGGAGAGCGUCAACCAGACCUCCUCUUCCUCGCCGAGAUCUCCUCCUCUACCUCCUCACUCGCAGGUGGCGUCGGUGCUCAUCGUGCUGGUGGUCACGGUCAUCAUACUGGGCACCGUGGUGGGUAACGUGCUGGUCGUGGUGGCGGUUUUCACCAGCCGAGCCCUGAGGCCCCCUCAAAACCUCUUCCUGGUGUCUCUGGCUUCAGCGGACAUACUGGUGGCGACGCUGGUCAUCCCCUUCUCAUUGGCCAACGAGGUCAUGGGCUACUGGUACUUUGGGUCCACCUGGUGUUCCUUCUACCUGGCCCUGGACGUCCUCUUCUGCACCUCCUCCAUCGUCCACCUGUGCGCCAUCAGCCUCGACCGCUACUGGUCCGUCACCAAAGCCGUCAGCUACAACCGCAAACGGACGCCCAAGCGGAUCAAAUCGAUGAUCAGUGUCGUGUGGCUCAUAUCCAUCGUCAUAUCCUCCCCGCCGCUCCUCAUGACGCAGAAGGAGGAGGAUCCGGGGAAUGAGGCCUACGACGGCCGGCGGCAGGAGUGUCUCCUCAACAACCAGACGUGGUACAUCCUCUCCUCCUGCCUCGUGUCCUUCUUUGCCCCGGGCGUCAUCAUGAUACUCGUGUACUGCAAGAUCUACCGCGUCGCCAAGCAGAGGGCCUCCACCGUGUUCGUGGCGAAGAACGCGGUGGAGCGCCAGCCGUCACAGUCCGAGACCUGUUUCGAGGGCAACGGCAGGACUUGCCAAAGAAAAGGAGCUGGCUUCGGCAGCGAAUCCCGGUACGAGCUGGACAGCCCGCGGCCCGCAAACCGACACAGCUCCUCCAAUGUGGACAGCAGCAGCAGCAGCCGCCGGAGAGGAGAGCUGGACGACAUCGACUUGGAGGAGAGGAGCUGCGAACCCAACAUAAAAGCAUCCGCCUCGUUUUCUUCGGCGCUCCGUUUCCCCAGGAGAGCCGGGGGAGGCGUGAAAACAGAGGAUGCAGAGGGAGCAUUGGACAGGUUGAAGCCUCCUCCCCCGUCCUGCGCCUCCAUAUCGUGGGCGUCGUCUGAGAACUGCUCCCACCACUUCCUCCUCCCGUCCCCGGUGCCUCUCCGCAGCCGGCGGACGACUCUGUCCAAGAACAAAGUGGCGCAAAUGAGGGAGAAGCGCUUCACAUUUGUUCUGGCGGUGGUGAUGGGGGUUUUUGUCCUCUGCUGGUUCCCGUUCUUCUUCACCUACAGUCUCCACGCGGUCUGCAGAGAGAACUGCACGAUCCCCGACACACUCUUCAACCUGUUUUUCUGGAUCGGGUACUGCAACAGCUGCCUGAACCCCAUCAUAUAUACCAUCUUCAACCGAGACUUCAGGAAGGCCUUCAAGAAGAUUUUAUUCCAGACUCAUAAGGGAACAUAAGAUGUCAGAGUGUGUGUGUGUGUGUGUGUGUGUGUGUGUGUGUGUGUGUGUGUGUGUGUGUGUGUGUGUGUGUGGGGCAUCACACAGAAACAGACACACAGUCAAACACAAAUGUGUGCACACACUUUUAAUCCUGUUGUCCACUGUGCUGUCAUACCGACAUUAAAGGGCUUGCCACGCAGCCUGCGUAUUGAUUUAUUAUUCAACUGCUCAUUCAUUUAUGAAAUAAUCACUUUCUAUACUAGUGCAAACGAGCCAGAGGAAGACGAUUAUGAAACACGUGCUGUGUGUGCAGGUUUCUCCGACUCUGCUUGCUUGAUGCAAUAAAAUGUCAAAGUUGCAAGGGCGUGUUUUUGCCGGAGUUUGAAUGUUAAUUCGAGGAAAACGGCUGCAGGGCUGUGAACUAUGUCCCUGCGGAGCGCAGAGAUGUGAGCUAUAGCAAGCUGGCUGACUGACUGUGCAAACCUUUGUACUGACACGAGAACAGAUUUAUAAGGAACUGAGGGAGAAAAAAACCAGCUGUGCUUUAAAAGAAAUAUGCAAUGAGUUUUUAAAGGUAGUAGUGUGUCUGAUUUAGGGGCAUCUAGUGGUGACGUUGCAGAUUGCUCACUCCUCCCUUUCCAACAGUGUCGGAGAACUACGGUGGCCUUCAGGUAACGUAAAAAAAAAUGUGAAAGACUUUCUUUAGAGUCUGUUUGGUUUGUAAGACCCGCCCUGCGAAGCUGGUUGAGGCAUAGGCGAUCGGUUAAGGUUAGGCAUUGAUCUUAAAUAGUUAUGGUGAGGAUAGCCAGGACCAACCAGGUUACCAGUACCUCAGCGUACCUCAGUGAACCUAUUGCACAAUUACACAAUAAUUGUUAGUUCUAGGUGAUUAUAUACUAAUGAAAACAUAGUUAUGAAUAUCAUAUAUUUAUAUUCAAUAAAUCCCCUUUAAAGCUACACGCUGUUCCAGGUGCAAGAUACGAGAUUGGGAGAGUUUCGAUUGUCUCUAAACGGCUCUCAACAUGGCCGGCGCCUCACAGCUAACAGCGCAAACAACGGCAACAGUGCUGACAGAGCUAACAGUGUUGCCUGAGGGGGAACAGGGGUGGGUGCUACCCUUCCACGUCGACGCUGCCGGUUUGGGACGAUGUUAGCGGCUCUAACCAGCGUAUGAGAGCAGUGCAGAGCGGCCGCCGUUAGCUAACUAGUGGGGCACGCUAACAUGCACGCAACAGGCCGACCCAACUAUAUCUACAAAGCAAGGAGAAGCUCUGAUUAAAACACACACAGAGGGCUCAGAUAGGCAUUACUUCACUAUAUCUUUACAUAGAUAAUAGUUGUUUGCUGCCAGUAAUGCUCUGAAUAUCAAAUACUUGCUCUUUUAAUGGCUUGCUGUGCCUCAGAGUAUUUAAACACCAGCAGCACCCAAAGUUUAAACUUUCACUUGGAGUAGACACGGAGAACGGAAAGCCCAAUGAAAGUUACCAGUUUUCCAUGCAGCAGCAGUGUUCUGUUGACACUGCACAGCUCAGGGGCAAAGAUAUUAAAAAUGCAUGUGCAGCGUGCAGACGGGCUGAUCUUCGCUGUACACAGAGGACAAAAGAGAAGGAAUAGAAAAGAGAGAGCCUCUGAAUUUAUAUAAUGAACCUCAGGCUCAUACAACAAAAGAUAAUUAUUCUCUGAAGCUCAGGAUGAAACAACUGGACCGGCUGCUUCAGGGCUCACGUUUCUACUGCUGAAGAAAACCUGAUCCGCCCUGGACCCAACACUUCGAUACCACGAAGAAUAAACCAUUAUUGAUUCAAUCGCUUCAUGCAGAUUGGGGAAACAAAAUGUAUUCUGUUGCUUUUGAUUUGGGAUGAUAAUCCAGUGACUUUUUUUUAUCUUCCAUCUCUACAAACACGAAGCACACGUACGAGUGUCGGCGGCCGCAGAAGGAGCCGCAAAGUCCAAGGCCACAAGGGACGUUACAUCACUCUGGUUACCAUGCAACACGGAGUUUGACAACAACUCGGGAGUUGCGUAAUUAACCAUUUCACCUGAAGUAUAAUGCUGUUGGUAAAAUAUGAUGAAGUGCGUUCUAAAGUGGCCCAAAGGUCAAGAAACCGUAAUAUAAUGCCAUCUGGGGCGACCUUCAAUCAUUUCUUAGAAACUCUGCAUACUGAUGUCUCACUGCGUUCUGUUUAUUUCUUUCGCCCCCGUCUCUCUUGGCAGGUUUUUCAGCUUUUAAUACUGGACUCAGAUCCAACACAGAAGAGAAAAUAGUUAACGUGAGUUAGAGGACAAAAUGAGAAGCGGCAAGUGAUCCUGCAAAGAGGCGUGUAAGAAGUGGAUGCAAUCACCGUCACGGUGCCCGGUGGUUUGCGGACUGCGGUUUUGAAGCCUCGCGUUUAGCAUUUUGGCUGAGCUAGCUAACGUUACAGCUCAGCCGAGAAGGGCGCCUCUUAUGUUCACGUGUCUUUCUGUCGCGAGCCUCUCGCCCGUGAGUAGAUGCACGCUUCCGUCUGCGUCGUAAUACGGUUGCCCGGUGUAGUUCGGUUGCAGUGACGUGCGGUGAGGUUCGUGGCUGGUGAGGCACUGACUCUUUCAGAGUCAGAUUUACAAAUCUAUGAACCCAAUAUAGAGUAUCUUAAAUCACCAUUCAAUUGGCAGCCUGCACAUUGACUACUGGUUGUUUGUCAUAUUUCAUAUCAGCAUUCUCUACACACACAUAGGUAAGGUACAUAUUUGAAUGCACCAGGAGCGUGUGCGCCGCGACCUGCGAC